AUGUCUGCGAUGGGUGAAACCUCUUCAACUCAGAAGCCUGUAAUCGUUAGGGUUAAGCGUAAAGCAGGACACUCUCCACUCGAUGCUUUCUGGUUGGAGAUCAACGAAAGACCAUUCAAACGGCCGUUACCGAACUUAUCAAAGCUAUCUCUUUCCAGUUCCAACAAGAAAGAGGAUUUGAAGCCCAAGAAAGUGCUUGUGAGUCAUUUGGAGACAGUCACUGACUCUGAGACCACUGUUGAUGUUAUUCACUCUUUGUUUGAGUCUGAUCUUAAGGAGAUUGGUUUCAGAAAAGGAAAGUGUGAAGAGCGGAAAGUUAAUUUCAAGAAAGACAAUAGAAAGGAACAACUCCUGACCAAAGCUGUACUACAGCAACAGACCACUGCACAGAAUGCUCGGUUUAAGCAAAUAUGGAGGAGUAGGAAGGGAAACAAGGAUAAGAGGUGUAAUUUCUAUGAUGUUAUUCGUGUUGAUGCUGAAGAAAGACCACCAGAGAAUGGACCAGAGCUGACGACAUCCUUGGAGGACCAGAAGUUGCUGGCUAGUUUCUUGCCUCUCCUUAGAGAGAAUAUUCCGAGAGCAGCUGAAGAUAUUGAAACUGAUAUACAUUAUACGGACGAGGAAGAAGAAUACGUUUAUGAUUUCUAUGUUGUAAAGGAAGAGAUGGAUAUUAGUGAAGACAGUUCUUAUGAGCUUCAGUUUCCUCUUGUCAUAGUUAAAGAGGAAGAAGAAGAGUUCCGUGAUGGACCUGAUGAAUCAGACUAUGACUCUGAUGAUUCCAACGCUGAAGCUCAUCCAAAGAACGAUUAUUACCCAGAUGAGAUCUUUGAAGAAGAGGAAGAUGACGAAGAAGAAGAGGAAGAUGAAGAAGAGAGUGAAGUCUCAGAUGAUUCAAAAGAAGAGGGGAGUUCAGAAAGACAGGUGAGACACGAGUUCGAUGAUUACGCAGAGGAUAGCGAUAUGGAGUUUGUGUACACUUAGUUGGUGUCUUACUCUUACUAAUGAGUUUUUAUUGUAGCAAAUAAUAUGAUAUGUCAAGAAGACUGUAGUGUAUGUUUAAAACAAAACUAACUUAAAAAUCUGGUAGAUGUCUUGUAUCACAA